UAAAAACAGAAUCUAUAGAUAUAAAUUGGGAUAGAACUAGGAGAUAAAAUUAUUCUUAUUACCAAGUCUAUAUACUGUCGCAACAUGGCAUCUGCAACACGCCCAUUAGAAGGCAAGUUUGGCAUCGUGACUGGAGGAUCGCGGGGUAUUGGCGAAGCGAUUUCACGGAACCUAGCUAAUAAAGGCUGCUCAUUGCUACUUAAUUACACCUCCGAGUCGUCACGAGCACGAACUGAAGAAAUCGCCACAGAACUUGGUAAAGAGUAUAGUGUUCGCUGCUCCGUCGUGAGAGCGGAUCUUUCAGACGGUGCAAAAGCAAGUGAAAUCAUUAUCAAUGCAGUCAAGGAGCAUUUCGGCGAUAAACCCCCCCAAGUCGAUAUUCUAAUUAACAAUGCGGGAGUAUCACAAGAUAAAAAGCUCGCGGAUCCUGCUGUAGGACUGAUUGAUGCGGAUUAUUUCCAUUGGCAUUACAAUAUCAAUGUUCUUGCGCCACUACUGCUCACUCAGGCGUGUGUUCCAUAUCUGCCUAAUGAUCGAUCGGGGCGCAUUGUGAACAUCUCGAGUGUGUCAUCUAGCCUUGGAUUCGAAGGCCAGUCGGUGUAUGGGGGUACUAAAGCCGCAUUGGAAGCGAUGACGAGAACAUGGGCACGGGAGCUUGCAGAUCGGGCUACAGUUAAUGCUGUCAAUCCGGGGCCGGUGAUUGGUGAUAUGUAUUUCUUGACAGGGGAACAGUUCUGGAAAGACAUCCAAGGCUGGCAGGACAAUACACCACUGAGCAAAGUUAAUCCUGACGGCGACGAAUUGGACAGCCUGGAUCCAGAGAAAAAGCGGCUAAUUCAUGAGAAGAUGGGUAGCCGACGGCCAGCAUUUACGAGUGAGGUUGCCGGAGUUGUGGCUAUGUUAUGCACAGCCGACGGAGGGUGGUGUACAGGUAGUGUUGUCAAUGCGAAUGGAGGCAUGAAAAUGACUACAUAG